AUGACCGCAAGUGAGAAUGAUAAUCGUCUCGCUGCUCACAUGAUCAGCGUUGCUUUGGAUGCAGCAAAAGGACAAGAAAUAUCCACCGAAUAUCUGGAUCAGAUUCGUAACACAGCUGACAAUAGUUCCAGCCAAUCGAUCUCACUUGCGGCCAAAUAUAUUCUUUGUGUACAUGCUGCUCAACACUGUGGAUUUGUGGAACCGAAUUAUUUUGUCAGUUUACCUGAACUUUUAUCGACUGACAAUGUAAUAAUUCGUUCAUGUGUUAUGUGGACAUUUGCAAUGAUAUUACCAUGUGAGAAUAUUCUGAAUUCAUCUUUAAUUCAACUAUUAUUCGAUUCAUUGAAAAAUGAAACACUCGGUUGGAGUGUUGCUUAUCUUUUUCGGAAGAUGUCGGAAAAUGGUAAAUACAUACCGAUGAUGCCUGAUGCCAAAUGGAUCUCUAUGGCAAAGCUGUUGUUCGACGAAAAACUGAGUGAACAGGUUCGCACAGCGAUCGUCCACACAUUAUGUCAAGUGCUCAAGGUUCGACAGACAACUGCGCCAGUAAUCAAACAUGAAUUAGAAGAACUAGUGAUACUUGAAAAGAUUCCCAUACAACUCUUUGUUGCAACAGUGAAUGCUUUACAUUUAAUGAUCAUCGAUGGUGCUAUUCUUGAAGAUAAAACAGUGAACAAAUUACGCCACUUAGCAAAGAACACUGAUCGUACAUGUAUAGAAUGUAUUCACGAAUUACUGGAUUUCGUUGAUCAUAAACGAAUUUUGUCUAAUGCAGUCCUGUUUACAGGUGAUAGCCAUGUGAAAAAAGAAUUAACCAUUAGUCAGAGUACAUCAAUCUCUCGUUGUGAAGAAGAAUCGAUCGAGCCAACAUCGAAAGAGUUAGAUCUCGAUCAUUUACUAGGUACGAUUGGUUAUCUCGAUCGAACAUUUAAUAUCGAAGCGCAACCAAAAACUGUCUCAUCGGGCAGUAAUCGGGCUUGGUAUCGAUCGAAUCUUCAGGAAAUUGAGAAUUUAGGAAUGUUAGCUACAAAAGGACAAUUGAAAGACCGAGAUUUUGAUUAUCUUUUAACCCAGUUCAAAAGUGCGGUUUAUGUCGGUUGGACUAAACUGAAAACUCGAUCGUCCAUACAUAAAAUGAUCGCUACUAUCUUUCGAGAUGCAGCGAGAGUCGAACAAGCCAUUCCAUUAGGCAUCAUUGAUGAAAUGAUUGGUCGAUUGAUAGAUGACGAACAAGGUGUAUCUGGUUUAUGCGGUGAAACUCUUUUAAUCAUCGUCCAGAACAAACAUGACUUAAACGAUGAACAAAUGAAAAAAAUUAAAGAAGCCUUAAUCAAAACAAGCGAUUCUGCAGUGAAACAAAACUUGAUCGAAAUCUACGCCCUGUACAUUUUGAAAGGCUAUCAUUUAACACUAGAUUUAAGUUCCGUUGAAAAAAAUUUACAAAAUCCUGAUACGUGCUUAACUGCCAGUUAUCUGUUUUUUAAAGCAGCUGCUAUCGAAAAACUCACAUUUACUGAUCAAACAUUACGAAUUCUGAGUCAAGUCAGCAUGAACGAUAAAUAUGAUAUCAAGGCACGAAACAAUUGUUUAUGGGCGAUAGCGUACAGUAUCCGAGAGAGCAAAGCGAAGCAGUCGAUCUCUGCAGAAUUAAUCAAUGAUCUUGCUAAAAUGCUGACCAAUCUAGAUACGAGUAUCAAACAAACAGCAGCAGUAGCACUUUGUUAUUAUGGUAAGGACGAAAAGAUUGUCUUAUCUGUACAAGUUCUUGAACGAUUAGCUAUUAUACUCGUCGCAAAAGAUCAAGCGCUAUUAGAUAAUCUUGUCUCUCUCUAUCUGAAAGUGUCACAAAGUGAUCAAAUUAUUCCUGCUUUGGCGUUGGACAACCUUGCGCAUAUUCUUCAACAUCCGGACUUUUCCCUUCGUCAAAAAGUUAUUUGGAUAUUCAAUCAUGUCGUGACUAAAGGAAGAGAACUAUCUGCAGUCAGUCUCGAUAAAAUCGAUCUUUGUUUAGAUGAUCAAGAAUUCCAUAUUCGAAAUCCAGCAGGUCAAACGUUUAUUACCUACUGGCAAAGUCAACUGCAGAAAGGUGAUAAUGAGCGAAUUCGCCAUAUAUCAGCUCGAUUAGAGAAACUAUUGAUUCUAUUUCAGCAUCCAUACGAAUCAACGGUAAGAAUUUCGGCAUUGAAAUUUCUUCAACAACUGGUAGAAAAACAUAUUGAUUUGCCCGAAACAAUUCUUCAAUUAAUUGAAAUGUGUCUUUAUGAACAUGAAGCAAAGAUUUCUAAGGAAGCCAUCGCCGUUGUUCAAUCUUACUCCCAACGGCGUUCGCUGCGAAAGACUACUGUUGUUUGUUUAGAACAUUUAUUAACCACUGAAACACCAAUUCUGUCUGAUAUCAUCGUCAUUUUGAAAUCUAUCGUUGAAUCUGGUCAUGUUCUAUCGAAAAAAAUUGUCGAUAUUCUUGGUCAAUUGAUUUUAACGAAAAGCGAUCCUAACAAUAUCGUCAUUCUUCUCACGUUCGCUGAUCGCCAUCAACCAUUAUCAAAAUUGGCCGACGAAUUACUUCGUCAAAUUCAUUUUGCUAAAGCGUUAAAAUACUCGACACAUCAAAUGACAAUCGACAAAGCUGUUGAAGGACUACUUCAAUUGACGCAGAAAGAUCAAAUCUUUCUUCAAAGUGGUAGUCAUCCGACACAUGAUUUAGUAUUGAUCUUUACUGAAUUGAGUCGACAAAAUCAAAUAAUUUCUGAUAGUGCUGUACAUCAUUUGGAAAAACUUCUUGACGAUCGAUCGAUUAAUAUAUUCAUCAUCGAGAUCUAUCAACAUUUGCUCGAACGACGAAAAUCUCUCGAUCCAUCCAUUGUUCAACGAAUUCUCAAAUCGUUUGAUGUGAAUGUCUGGAAAGAUCUAUCUACGGAUUUCCGAUAUCGAUUAACAUCAUUCUUCAAUGCUUUAGCCAACAAUCAACCUAUCGAUGCAGAUCAAACUUGUUUACCUUCGUUUCUUCGACUGCAACAACCAGUUACGAUACUUCGAGAAAUCUGUUCGGCUAUUCAUACUCUCGCAGUCUAUCGCCCAUAUCUUCAGCCAAGAAUGAUCGAUGCUCUUUUUCAACUAUUGGACAGUGAAAUCGAUACAGACAUUCAAGAAAUCAUUUUGAAAACAUUAAGUUUAGUUCGAACGAAUUUUCCUGAUGGCUACAAUGAUCUAAAAGAAUGUCUGCAUCUGUUCGAUCAUGCUUCAAAUCUCGAUGAUCAAUCAUUGCUUAUACAAUUAAGACGUACGGUGAAAAGUAACAAGAAAUUACCAGAAGCUUAUUUAAUACGAUUAUCACAUAUGCUCUAUAGUUGUGAUCCCAAACUGAAGGCAGAAGCCGCUGUGCUUCUCGCUUCGACUCUUCCGGCAUGUUCAAGUCUUCCGAAGAAGACACCAUCGGUGACUGAUGCUCUCCUUCAUCUUGUCUGUUACUCGAAACAAGCAUCGAUUCAACAGCAAGCUCAGAGAUUAUUGAUCACUCAGAAGAAUAGCAACGUCAAAGUACGCGAAUUUCUUGACAAUCAAGAUCUUGUGCUAUCAGAAAAGCAGCACGCACAUGUUCAAACAAUGUUCCUAUCAUCGGAUACCAAUGAUGUUCAUCGAGCAUUGAAGAUCAUUCGUGCCAUGAUCAUUCUCGAUAAGCAUGUACCACAUAAACUUCUCUCUGCUGUUGUUGCCCAAUUGACCCAACAUCCGGAUGAAAUUAUCGAUUUAUUGAUUCUUGCAUUCAAGCAUGGCAUUCAGUUCGAUGAAAUACUCUUUCGGUCGAUUAAAAAUGAUCUCUGCUUAUGCCAAACUGAACAUAUGUUCGCCCUCAUUCGAAUCUUGACCGAAAAAGCUGUUCCUUUCCAUGAAAAAACACUGGAACUUAUUUUGUCUCAACAUGGCAUUCAGUUCGAUGAAAUACUCUUUCGGUCGAUUAAAAAUGAUCUCUGCUUAUGCCAAACUGAACAUAUGUUCGCCCUCAUUCGAAUCUUGACCGAAAAAGCUGUUCCUUUCCAUGAAAAAACACUGGAACUUAUUUUGUCUCAAGUGAAUUCAAAUGCAGUGAACGAACCACUAAAUUGUUUAGAAAACAUUGCCCGAUAUCAGCAUCUACCGGAUCGUCUCAUUUCGUAUUUCGUCAAACAGCUCUUUGAAGAUUCGGACGAUAUCGUCAAAAAAUCUUUCAGUAUCCUUCGUCUUCAAAUCUCACGAAGUUACAUUAAAUUUUCCCAUGAGUUGUUUCAAUCUAUUCCAUUACCGUCUAUCAUCGAUCGAGAUCGACUGACUAAAGAAACAACCGCUCAACAAUAUCUUGGGACACUCCAAACGCUUUUAUUUGUUGAAUAUUUUGAACCAACGACAUUCGAACUUCCAGUUACUCAAUGGUCUCGGCAAUGUUUAUGCAUUGAUUUAUUGACGAGCUGUUCCGAUCAAACUCCUGAUCGAAUUCUGACAUUUUAUCAUCAUUUAACAAAGUUCGAAUUGUUCAAACAAUACCAAUUGUACGAUGAGCAACGUGAUGAUUUUCUGCGAGUAUUAAUUGAAAAACAACGCUCGUGUCAUUUCAAUUUAGACACCGUCAAUCAAGUUCUUAUCUUUUCAAGGACUUCAACGAAUCAAACGAUAAAAAUUUUACAAUCGGAAGAUGAUGAUUGGCUCUCCCGAAUGCGUUUAGAUUUUAUUCGAGAGAUAAUUAGUCAAGGAUCGCUCCAUGCUCAUUACUCUCAAACAGUCCUGAAUCAGUUAAUUGAGCGAAUUUCCAAAGAAUCAAAUCUUUUGGCAGAAUUGAUUGAACCGUUUCUUCAACUUGCACAAACGCCGGAUGAGAUUUUGACUAUUCUUGAUCUUGUGACAACAUAUCAAAUUAAUGGUGAUCAUUUAUUCGAUAUAUUUGUUAAACCUAAGAAUCUCGAUGGAUUCAAAUCAUUUCAAAAAGAGCUUGAAGUGAUAAUUAUCAACAAAACAUUAUCAGUUUGUGCCAAUGGAUCUGACGAACAGUUGAAAGUUGCUCAUCAUAACUUACAUAUCUUGCUUGACCAUGGUUGGCGAUUAAGCAAAAUCACUGAUUUAUUGGAUAGUCUCAAGCAACAUCAAGGGAACAUCGAUAGUUUGCCUCGAUUUCUGGAAUCUUUGCAGAUUCUUGUAGAUUAUAAAAUAAAUGAAAACGUUCUGAAUCUGUUAAGAGAUAUCUUAUGUCAUAAAGAUGUUCAAUCUUGGCCAGCAAGUAUUCACAGUCUCGCCAUCGAACACUGCUUUGGAUCCAUCAGUUCCGAGAAAAAUGUAACCACUCUAUUAGCUGAAAUCAAAAGUGACAAUCCAGAUAUUAAUGUUGGCCAUUUCAAAAAUAUGUUUGCUGAAAUCGAUCAAGCCUAUGAAAAAGAUUCUUCCUGCUUUCCAGAGACUCUACCAGUCAAAAACUGGAACAUCGUGCAAAUUCAAAAUUGGGCUACUAAAGUUUAUACGUUUCAAUCGACUGCAUCCAAUCGCUGUCCUUUGUCAGAAAUUCUUGCCGUAAUCAAACGUGCUGUGUAUCUUGAUUCUCAUUUUGAACCACGACCAAUUCAAGUUUUGGCUGUUCUUAUUAUGCUUGAUCGCAAUCAGCAAGGAGGACGUCUUUUACAAAUAUUAACAGGUGAAGGUAAAUCCACCGUUGUUUCGAUCCUGGCUGUGAUCAAAGGUUUACAAAAUCAACACAUUGAUAUUAUUACAAGUUCAAUGACUUUAGCAAAACGCGACGCUCACGAACGUGAAAAAUUCUAUGAAUAUUUCAAUCUAAGUGUGUCUCAUAAUAACGAUGAGACUAGUUACGUUUCCGGGCAAAAACCUUGUUAUGCAGCUAGUAUCGUCUAUGGCACUUCUAGUCAAUUUCAAUUCGAUUUACUUCGUCAUGAAUUUAGCCUACUCGAUACACGUUCAAUUAAUAAUAACAUCGGUGUAGCUCGUCGUCACGACGUGAUAAUCAUCGAUGAAGUUGAUAGUAUGCUUAUUGAUGAAAACAAUACCAUUGCUCGUUUAGCUGACCAGUUGCCUGGAAUGGAAUGGCUUAGUUCAUCACUCUAUGGAGUUUGGCGAGCAGUUGAAGCUGACGCGGACGUCUUCUCCCAUCGAAAUUCAAUCAUAAAGGAUCUCAAAACACUUUUUCUCGAUCCAAAAUCACCAUUACAAUUUCCCAAGCAUUUACGCCGAUCCGUCAUUGAUUCUCUUCCCACGUGGAUCGAGCAUGCGAUUCGUGCUAAAGUUGAAUACCGUCUUGAUCAUCACUACAUGAUCAAAGAUGACGAAACACGCACGAAACGAAUUGUGCCUAUCGAUUUUUCCAAUACAGGUGUCAUUCAGACGAGUACAACAUGGAGCGAUGGUCUUCAUCAAUUUCUUCAAAUCAAACACGGCCUCAAAAUGACUCCGUUGACUGUAACUACUAAUCACCUCUCAAAUGUCGGUCUAUUUACUCGUUAUGGUACUCAAAUUUACGGUUUAACAGGUACCAUCGGUUCGAAAGACGCUCAAAAUCUGCUGCAGAAAAUUUACAAUGUCGACACGGUCAUUAUUCCACCUUUCAAAGAGAAACGUCAUAUUGUAUUCGAUUCCAUAUUGACUAUGAGCGAUGAUGAAUGGUUGAACACUAUCGUUUCUACUAGUGUAAGUCAUGCACAAAAUCAUCGAGCUGUUCUCAUCAUUUGCGAAACUCGAUUGGAUGCCAAAGCUAUCAGCAAAGAGUUGCAACGUGCGAAUCCAACUUGUCUCAUUCGUCGUUAUACAGACAAUACCGAUGCAGUCGAAUCCAAUGCUGUGAAUGAUAAAAUUCAACAUGGUGAGAUCAUUGUGGCCACGAAUUUGGCAGGCCGAGGGACAGACCUGAAAACCAGCCCAGAAGUGGAGAAACAUGGUGGCCUUCAUGUUUGUUUGACAUUUUUACCUAGUAAUUUACGUGUCGAAAAGCAAGCAUUUGGACGUACAUCUCGACAAGGCAAUCGUGGCACAUCACAAAUGAUUCUUUGUCACCAUCGCACUUUACGUCAAUUGGCGAACACUCAUCUCAAUCUAUCUGAUACAGACCUAACUGAUUCUUCUAAUCCAUUAACUUUGUUUAGUUGCUGGCGAGAGCAAGCCGAACGUGCGCAUCUCGAUCGUAUUUGGACUGAAGAAAUUAAUGAAAUUAAAUUGAAAGAUAAUUUAUUCAAGAAGUUUUGUCAACUGCUCGCUCAAUUACGAAGUGUAAACAAUGAUCCUUACCGAUUGCUCAGUGUAAAGGAACAAUGGGGUCUAUGGCUGAAAGCAAUGGAUUGUGCCACUCAGAAUCGGAAAAGGCUUGAACAGGCAGUCGAGGCAGAUGGGUAUGAAUGCCAUGAAGUGCCUCGCGGUGAUGAUAGUUUUUAUCAUGCUAUAUCACAUCAACUAGCGGGAGAAUUAGAGGUACGUGAUAUCAAACAGAAAGUUAUGAAACAUAUCGAUGACAAUAAGGAUCUUUACACUGAAAUGAAUGAUGAACAACAAUAUCGCGCGACAAGCAGUGUGUUAAAUGUGUCGAUCAUUAUUUACCGAAGUGAUUAUGGAGGUCCACACGUUUAUAAACAUGAAAAUGCUUCAGUUGAAUGCUUUCUUGGAUAUGAAGUUGAUUCUUACUAUGUUUCUCUUCAAAAGACCACCACAGAAAACAAAACAUCCACCGCACAGCCCCGUAGCAGUGACGCAAAACCACGUCAGCAAAAGAUAUCGACCCGUGCUAAACUGUUCAACGGUAUGAAGUUUAUGGCAAAUAAAGUCAAAGAUUUAGGUCAACAUCUGAUAAAACAAUCUGAAACUCAAACGUUCAAAUUGAAUCUUGAUGCUGACUUCGAAGUUUUCAAGAAGCAGAUCGAGAAAGAUUUCCAAACAGAUGAUAUCAUUCAAAAUCCUUCCUAUCUGAUGUUAGAAGCUUCUACUAAGAUGCAAAAAUUACUUUCAUGGGCCAAUAAGUUCCGAUCUUGGUGUAGUUCUAAUCAUACUCCAGGAAAGAAUAUAGUGACUGUUGAACAAGUGAUGAGUUUACUCGAGCGAGCAAUCAAACUGGAUUCAGUCUUUGCAUUUGAUGCUUUGACUAAUUACGGCUUCUGUCUUCUUCAUCAAAAUAAAUUAAUGGGCGAACACAAAACAAAAGCAAAGUUAUAUUUAAUUAAAGCACAGCAAUGCGUUGGUGAAUAUAUCUUGCCGCAAUUAUAUAGCAUGCAAUUAAAAUCCACGGAAAGUUCGGAUGAGUUCGUUUUUGACGAUUUUGCCCAACAAAUUCAAAUCAAAGUCGAUAUUCUUCAACUUUAUCUUAGUCAUGUGAGUAAUGCGAUUACAGUAAUUGAAGAAUCACAAAAACUGAUUGAUAUUAUCGAUACCACUAGUAAAGAACAGAGGAUCAGCAAAAAAUUGUAUCAUGAUGAAGUGGGUAAAUUUCUCGACACAUGUUCAGGUUCCAUAGAUAUCAGUUUUCAUCACCUAGCUGUCCACAAUGAUACCGUAAGAAAAGAUCAAGCUAUUGAAUUAUUGAAGAAACUGACAAACGACGAGGGUGUUUCGAUUCAUUUUACAGAUACUAAUCUUGAAGCAAUGAAUAAAAUCACAUGCAUUUCGGAUUCUGUUAAUACUAGAGUGAAUGUUCGAUAUCUCGAUGUUCCUGAAGUGUUGAAGCUGUUAGAAAACAUGUCGGCUGACCUGACAUUAACGUCAACGACUGUUGAAAGCUAUCUCGAGACCAUCAAAAUCAUCAAUAAAGACAUUAAACUUGCCACGGAUUCGUCACUCACGAUGAUGUCGCCCUCCAAAGCUGAAGCUUACAUUAAUGCACCAAGCAGUUCGGUUAAAUCGAUUCUGUUCCCAUCGAUGACGCUAGAAGAGUUCAAGAAAAUUCAAGACAAAAUAGAUAAAGCAUCUUGCGAAUUGACUUUUCAGAAUUUACCUCUUUCAGAGAUGAAAAAGAUGAUCGGAACGCUCAACAAACCUUUUUCUGUUGAAUUGCAUUGCUUGGCCAUUGAACAAGCCAAGCUCAUCGCCGAAAAAGUCAAUGAUCGUCAAAACUUCGUCAUUACUGUGCUCAAUUUAUCAAAACAACGUGCCCAAGCCAUUGUUAAGUCGUUUGACUUGAAAGAACAAGAUGUUAAGGCAAGUUUUAAGCAUCUAGCAGAUCAAUUUCCGAAGACCGAUCGACCGCAUGAGGAACUCAAUACUUACAAUAUGUUAGGUAUCCACGUUUUGAUCAUCAUCGAUGAACUUGGGCCACGGCCGUGGAUUAGCAUAAGCAUGGUCGUUGCCUUAGGGGUAGGUCAAAUGAUCGGUGGUAUCUGUCUUGCUGCUCUCACUGGUGGACUAGGGAGCAGUUUAGGUGUUGCCUUGAUUUGUGAAGGUGUUAACGACAUUGUUUAUGGAAUACGUGGUGCCAUAUGUCGGCAGUUCUCAUGGAAAGACUAUGGUAUUCAAAAAGGAGUGAGUCUGGCUAUUUGUUUUGUUACACUCGGCUGUUCAGCAAUCAAACAAGCAGCUCAAGCGGCCAAAGCAGCUGGAACAACCGGAGCAUCAUCUUUAUUGAAGGCGACGGGUCGAGGAACACUUACCAUAGUAAAAAAUAGUUUUCGAACCGUCGGUUCUGGCGCCAUCAAAGGUAUAUCAUCGACUAGUUGGAAACUAGCAUGCCAGCAAGUUGCAGUAACUUGUCUCGAGACUGGCGUCCGACAGCUUACAAAUUAUGCAGUGGAUACUUUGUCCAACAAAACUUUAUCGGAAUUUACCCGUCUCAUUGAAAGCGAAAUGGAACGCAUUGUUUAUGUUAAACAAUCAAGUAUCGAGUAUCAGCGUGCCGUCAAGCGAGCGAUCAAUGCAGAUAAAUUUAAUGGAAACAGACUCUGGUGGCAGCAAAUAGAACAAAUAGCGUUGCAGCUGAUGUCGAAACAGAAAAAUGAGUACGUCGAAGCACUGAAAUCUUUGUCUAGUGGUGUUGCUACUACUAUUCCAAGUCAUAGCAGACAAUAUCUACAAGGACAAAGCAGCUCAAUUGAUCAAUGUCUCAAAAUAGCCCAGCUAAUAAUGAAAUUGGCACCAAUGAUCAAGAAUUGCCGUCAGUUGAUGGUCAUUGGUGAAAAGUUCUUCGAAAUAUAUCAGCGUGAAUUAAAUCUACUCGCACAGAGAAUGCCUGCUUUCGAAGAUUUACUCAUUUUGCAGUCCAACCAGUCGAUUACUAUGGAAGACGCCAAGAAAAUUCAUGAACUUCUGAUUCGUAAUAAUAUUCUAUGCGAUACCGAUGGUUUCAAUGAUCAGUUUUUUACUCUAACGGAGCAGGCAGAUUUCGUUGGGCAAGUCUCGCCUUCUCAAUUCAAUGCAAGCCAACCAAUAAAAAGUUUUCAAGACAAAUUGCGUAUUGAACUGGAAAAAGUUACCUUUGAUUCUGAUACGCAACGUGGCUAUGUCAUGGAUCUUUUGAGCCAAUUGUUAAAGCAUGAACCAAACCCGCUGUCUGUUUCGCUAAUGAAUAAAAAAAUCAUAGACUUUCUUGUUCAGCAAGUGUGUGCGAUCAUGAAUGGAGCUUUCAUUGCACCAUUAACAAAUUUUGUCAUUUCAAAUACUAUUCAAAAGAUGUCAACAAAAAUCCAACUUGCUCUCGAUCCCGAUGGAACAGUAACCGAGAAGUUGAUGCAAGAAGGCUCAAAGCGAUACUUGAAUAUUGUUGCCAAUGAUAUGUUUGAAAAGAUUCAAAGUGGAGAAAUCGAAAUAGAUCCACAUGCACGAAAGAAACUUGAAGAACUUCAAAAGCGGACCGAAAAUGAUCCAGAAAAAGCGAUAAAUUACUCCGAAAAAAAGGCUUUAGAAGUGAUGAGCGGUGAACAAGGUGAUAACAUCACUCUAUCCAUCUUGGCAAUGAUAACCAAAACUCCAAUCACUGUGCUUCAAAAUUCGUCGGACAAUUCCUCAAACCAAGACUCCAAUAGUCCAAACGUAGAUUUGAAAUACACACCACCAAACAUCGAUGAAAUAACAGGAGCAGUGAUUGAUGGACAUUAUGAGGCAGCACAAGGUGUAAUAGCUACUGUUGAUGUUGGACCUAAUGAUUGCUUAUAUUUUUCUGUUCUAAGUCGAAUGCCCAAUAAAUUCCAAUCGAUUGAUGAUAUGCGAGCUCAAUGUGCUGCAUUCAUUUUAACUACUCCACAUUUUAUAGAAGGAAUUUAUCCGGCCGUCAGUGUCAUGAGUCAAGCUCGAACGCCUUUACGACGGAAAUUCUUGAUGGGGGAGGGUGCUGGGUCGUCGAGUCUGCCGAAAAAUUUAAUCUAUCGUAUGCUCGAUGAAAUUGGAAACGUAGAUGAUGAGGAUCGUGAAAAUAAGAUAAAACAAAUCGUAGCGAAAUAUAUGUGCGAUAAAAACGCCAACGGUCAAUCGGAAGAGAACAAACCACAGAAAAGUAAACAAGGGGAGCAUGUAAUUAAUAAAGGCAUAAGGGAUGUUGAAAAAAAAAUUCUUGAUGCGCUUGGCAUAAAAUAUGAUGAAAAAAGUGUUGGAUUAGAUGAAAAGAUUCGGGAAGAAAUCGACAAUGUAAAAGGUUCAGCAGACUGGAAAAAGUAUAAAAAUGAAAAUGCAUCUUGUUUUGGUAAUGCAGCGACCAUUUUGGUCAAACUUGCUGAAAAACACAAGACGCAAAUGGAAAAUUGUGCUUUAAGUGGUGAACAAGAGGUGAAUAAGAACUAUUAUGACGCAUUAAAAAGUGGUAUCCGCAUUAUGAUUGAGAAGAAAAUUUAUGUUGACAACGAGCUCAGCGUGGAUAAGAGGGAUGAAAAAAAAGUACAAGACCUUCUAAACAAAAUCCAGACACACCUAGAAAAUUUGACAGAAAAAUUAGAGAACAACAAAUAUAAAUAG